GAAGAAGUCUUGUUUACAUGGGGAGUAUGUCCUGCUUCAGGCAAUGCUAACCUAGCGGAGAGAAUUGAAAUGAUUUGUGUGAAUUUUCGAAGAUAACUUGGUUUCUAAGACCAACUUAAAUUAUUGCAACAUUAAUUUGUUGAUAAGUUCCUGAGAGAAGUACCUGAUUAAGGAGCGUGAAUCCGUGAAAAUGGCGUCACCAAAUGAUCCAUUUGAAUUUCAAGAAUUUGAAGAAGCUGACAGUCUGCUGAAAGCCAACAGAGACGCAACCACCAUUAGCAUUGAAGAUGAAGAUAUCAAAACUGAGAAGCAGAGAAAAGCUGAUGGUGAUGAGGAUCCACUUGGCACUGAUGAUAAGACAGAGCUUCUGUCUGGACAAAAGGAAAGUCCUCCUUUCUGGACAUUUGAGUACUACCAAAGAUUUUUUGACAUCGAGACCCAUCAUGUGAAGGAAAGAAUCAUUGGAUCCAUGCUCCCUUGGCCAGGAAAGAACUUUAUUCAUGUCUACCUUCGUAGAAAUCCUGAUCUUUAUGGGCCAUUCUGGAUUUGCACCACUCUUGUGUUUGCCAUUGCCAUCAGUGGAAACAUAUCCAACUUUCUGGUGCACCUAGGCAAACCAAACUAUAAGUAUACUCCAGAGUUUGGAAAAGUGACCAUAGCUGCAACAGCGAUCUUCACCUAUGCUUGGCUGGUGCCGCUUGCCCUCUGGGGUUUCCUGCUAUGGAGAAACAACAAGAUCAUGAACUUGGUGUCAUAUUCCUUUAUGGAGAUUGUCUGUGUGUAUGGAUAUUCACUUUCAAUUUACAUACCUGCAGUGGUCCUAUGGAUUCUCCCAUAUGAAUGGCUGAGGUGGUGCUCCAUCGUGGUGGCUCUUUGCCUCUCUGGCUCAGUUUUGGUGAUGACUUUCUGGUCUGCAGUCAGCGACGACCACCCCAAAAUUAUCAUAGUGAUUACGUCAGCUAUAGUGGUGCUCAAUGUCCUGCUUGCUGUUGGUUGUAAGGCAUAUUUCUUUAGCAAACCAGAACCAGUACUGACACGUCACAGUUCUGCUGCAACACAGGUGACCAUGGUGCCAUCUUAGACAUGAAAGCUUUUCCCUGUCUCAAGGUUCUCCUGUUGCCUUAUUAGAGAGAAUCAGGUUGCAGUGGUGAUGAAGUCAUUCGUCAUCUGGAUUUCAACCGCACUCAGACGUUCUGGCUCAAGACCUUAAAAUCCAGUGUGUAUGCUUGAUAACACUGUUACCAAGUAUGUUAUUUCUAAUUGGAUGUCUACAGUUCUGUAAAUAUAAGAGGGAUAUGGUGUUUCCCAGAGCAAAAGCUCUCUUUUAAGAUGGCAAUUUCAGGCUUUAUAGUUCUAAUGUUGAAAAUGUUUAGAUAACCAGCCUGUGCAGUCAUGUUGUUGGCAUGAAAGGCACUUUGUACAUGUGUUUUUAUAUAUCUUUAGAGAACUGGCUGGUAAACAUACUCAGAAUUUUAUAGACAAUACAACAUUUACAGGUGUUGGAGAGAUUUUCAAGGGUUGGACAUAUGUACUCAGUUACUGAAAUUUCUGUAAGUGGUAAGUGGCCUAAACUAAGCUAUUUUUGUAAUUAUAAAGUUUUUAUUGUAACAAACUGCAUUUUGUGUGACAGAUGCAGAAAGUAUGAAAUUCAGUAUGAGUGUUUUAUGGGGAAACAAUAAAAACUGGUCUUUGUGG